CCCUUUAAAACGCUCCCGGCGCGCGCUUUUCCAGACUCAGGGUCACCGCGCCACCUUCCUCUCUUCACGGCCGCCCUAGAGUGCCUUCUGCGCAACCUCUCGAGCCUCCCGAGCGCAGCGGAAUCCUCCCGAUCUCACCACCAGCUCAUGGACAUGGCGACUCCCACUGGACCCUGGUUCCCCGGCGUCGCGAACGCUGUCUCUAGAGCACUGCUCCUCGGUUGGAUCCUCAUCCAGGUGGCCAGAGCCUCAGGCACUGCAGAUGUCACGGUACCAUAUAAUUUAGUUUGGAAAUCAACUAAUUUCAAGACCAUUUUGGAGUGGGAACCCAAACCUGUCAAUCAUGUCUACAUUGUUCAGAUAAGCCAUAGAUUAAGAAAUUGGAAAAACAAAUGCUACUUCACCACAGACACAGAGUGUGAUCUCACUGAUGAGAUUGUGAAAGAUGUGAAGCAGACAUACUUAGCGCGGGUCCUUGUCAUGCCGGCAAAUGCCACCAGUUAUGCUGGGGAGCACAUGUAUACAAAAUCCCCAGAGUUCACACCUUACUUAGACACAAACCUCGGACAGCCCACAAUUCAGAGUUUUGAACAAGUUGGGACAAAACUGAAUGUGACUGUACAGGAUGCACGAACCUUAGUCAAAAUGAACGGCACUUUCCUAAGCCUCCGGGAUGUUUUUGGCGAGGACUUAAGUUACACACUUUAUUAUUGGAAAGCGUCAAGUACAGGAAAGAAAGCAGUCAAGUCAAACACUAAUGAAUUUUUGAUUGAUGUGGAUAAAGGAGAAAACUACUGUUUCAGUGUUCAAGCUGUGAUUCCAUCACGAAAAGUCAACCAGAAGAGUCCAGAAAGCCCCAUUGAGUGCAGUGGCCAUGGCAAAAGUGUGUUCAAAGACAAAUUCUUCAUCAUCGGAGCAGUGGUGUUCGUGGCCAUCAUCUUCAUUGCCACCCUGUCUCUGUGUCUGUACAAGUGCAAGAAGGCCAGAGCAAAACAAAACAGCAAGAACUCCCCAUUCUCUGUUGCGUAAAGCACACGACGUUGGAGCUGCCAACUUCUGCAGAGUUUAUAUUGUGCGGUGACCAAGAACUUUUAAGAGAACGGCAUAUAUGGAAACAAAAAGAAGUAUUUGGAGCAUGGAGACACUUGGGCCCAAAGAAAGUUCUUUUUCUGGCUGUUCUCAUGAUUAACAUUCUGGUUUUGACACCAGCCCUUGUCACAUUAGAAUGUAAUGAACGGUACGACCAAUUCCAAGGUUUUUAAAUUUAUUUUUUUAACACUAUGGCACCUUUUGCACAUAUCAUACUUUAGACUGAAUGUUCUACACUCAAGACAAAACCAGGUCAUCUGAGCGAAAACAAAUGAACAAAUGCCUUACAAAUCCUGGUGGACUUUUGGAGAACUUUCAAGAGGCUGACUUCAAACCAUGUGGGAGAGUAAAAUGGAAAUUGGGUGACUUUUCUAACAUAUGUCUGUCUUUUUUUUAACAUGGUGUUUAGGUACCUCUCCUUUUUUUAAGAAGUUUUUUGGAAGUUCAAAACAAUUGGCAAAGUUUCAUAUGAAUGUAUUAAAUGCAGAAGACUUCUAUUUAGGGCACAUUCCUAAUAUGCAUUACAGUUUAGCACUUUAACUGACAUAAAUGCUAUUGAUUAAACACUUGACAGCUAACUACAAUAUAUUUUUAUAAGACUACUAUACAGGCCACAUAGAGUGUGAUUUAAGGUACUUAAAACUUAUAUGGUCAACAUUGUAUAUAUUUAUAUAAUUUUUGAAAAGGUUUUAUAUGUGGGGAUUUAUAUUUAUAGAGGUAAUAUUGUUCUGUUUGUAUAUAUUGAGAUAAUUUAUUUAAUAUACUUUUAUAUAAAUAAAGGUG